AUGGCCGAGCCCUCGGACCCGACCGCUGGCCAGAACAACGUAUUGCCAGUGCCAGAGGGGGACUUCGGCAGGCGGCUGAACGAUGAUGACGUCGAGAUGGAUGAUAGGUCGACACUGCCAGGCGGUGGCACUGGCCACGAAUCAUUGGGCUCUUCGAUGGUAGAUAUUAAUGAUGGCGUUCGUGGUACGGCCAAGAGGCUCCACGCGGCGUUUGUGCGAGAGACCCUGGUAGCUGGCGGCCCUGACAAGUACCUCCAGAAGAAAUAUGACACACCAGAGAAAAAGCUUCAGUUUGCUGAGAAGUUGGUAAAGCUACUGCCGCUCAGCUUCCAGCACGAGUACAGCCUUAAGAAAAUGUUGCCCACUGUUGGAGAAGGCGAGCUCAGCGAACAGAACGCGAUGUUCAUUCACCCCGCGGCCCUUUCCUUCUCAGCGGAUGCGACGUCCCACGACUUUGUGGACCAUGCCAAAGUGACCAAGAUAGCAGCAGAGAUGUGCUCAGAUGGUUGCGUCACACAAGGAGACGAGCUACUGUGCUUCCAAGGCCCUGAGCUCGCCGACGAUAUGCUGAAGAUGUCCACCGAGUUUUCAGGGUGCGCGCAAGAGGAGACGACCAGUUACUUCAGCUUCGGGUACAUCAAGGGCUUCGCCCGUUCUACCACGUUGCUCACGCUGCUGGACCUCUUCAUGGUUGACUUACCGGACGAUGAUAUCAAGGCCAUCCUGCCCCAGGGCGCGAUCCGCCGCCCGUGGAACGUGAUCACCUGGGCAGGCGUCAUCCGGCGCUUGAAAUCGCACGGCGUCGACGACGCUGCUUCUGUGAUCAAGCGGUGGAACGACAUGGCAGGCAUGUCAGCAGAGAACCGCAUGGUUGGCGCGAAACGCACGGCCCUCCUCAAUCUGCUCAACAUAAGCGAUAGCGCGCUCGACCUGAUCAUUGCGCUCGUCAGCGAGUUCACGUGGGAGCAGUGCCCGUUCACGGAGGAAUUCCUGGGCAGCACCAAGCUCAAGAUCGGCGCCACCAUUCGAACCCAGAACAAGGAGUGGAUGGCCCGUUUCCGCGUGUCCAACGCGUCGCUGGAAUUGUUUUGCGCGUUCCUCCAGGCUCGCUAUCGCAGGUCGAUCUCUUCCUCCAGGCGGAAAAUGCAGAAGUCUGAGCUGGAGGACUGGUUGCACAUCGUCAGCAUGGCCCAUAACAUGGUGCAAGAGAUCACAGCGCAG